GCCGCCGCUCCGGGCGCCAACGGCUUCGCGGCUGCAGCGCGCCCCUCGCCUUCUCGGACGUUGCUCUGGGGGUUCCAGGGAGCCGCGGCACUAAGGACCCGAACGGAGAAUAAAGUCUAGAAGACAUUAAGGAUGGCACGAAGGGCCGAGUCGUUGAGGAAGAUGCGGCCAAGUGGCAGCACCUCCUGUACCCUCUGGGACUGAUGCAUUAUCCACUUUAAAAAGUGGUUAACCGAAGGAAAGAUUCUUCAGCAACAACACACAUAUUUGCUUUAUUUUGCGCUCUGAUUUGGGGGAACACAAGCCAACUUAGAGCUUCUUCAUCUCAUCUCACCAGUCUCAUCUACCAGUUGUAUUGUUUAAAAGGUACAUGGCUAAGCGCUGGACACCUUACCAGGAUUCCACAGUUCUCUCAUGGUGAAUUCUUGAUGGAUUUCACUCCUCGAUGCUGGUGACUCCUGGGCAGGAGACAUGGCUCUGAUUUGGCUGGGGUUUGGAAGACAGCAUCUUUGUCUGCUAAAGAGAAGGAGUUCCUUGCUGUUGAAACUCACAGCUGUUGUCUUUGCGGUGCUUCUGUUUUGUGAAUUUUUAAUCUAUUACUUAGUGAUCUUUCGGUGUGAUUGGCCUGAGGUGAAAACUCCAGCCCACGACAGUGGACAAAAGACUCUGAAAGCCAUGUUUUUGGCUGAUACCCACUUGCUUGGGGAAGUGCGAGGCCAUUGGCUAGACAAAUUACGAAGGGAGUGGCAAAUGGAGAGAGCCUUCCAGACGGCUCUGUGGUUGUUGCAGCCAGAAGUCGUCUUCAUUCUAGGGGACAUCUUUGAUGAAGGGAAGUGGAGCUCCUCCCAGGCCUGGGCAGAUGAUGUGGAGCGGUUUCAGAAAAUAUUCAGACACCCACGUCACGUGCAGCUGAAGGUGGUUGCUGGCAACCAUGACAUUGGCUUCCACUAUCAGAUGAGCACAUACAAAAUAAAACGAUUUGAGAAAGUUUUCAACCCCGAAAGGCUGUUUUCUUGGAAAGGAAUGAAUUUUGUGCUGGUCAACAGCGUCGCCCUGGAAGGGGAUGGCUGCCACAUUUGCUCUGAAGCCGAAGCCGAACUCAUCGAAAUUUCUCACAAACUGAAUUGCUCCCGCGAGGUAGGAGAGCACCUGGAGGCACAGGUGCGUCUGUUCUGGCAUCUUCUGUGGGGGCAGUCGCUGCACUUUGUGUUUGGUGCAUCCCUCAGCGCCCCCUUCCUUUCCUACCGCUCGGGGAGGGCCGGCUCUGGCGGCUUAACUGAUUUCUCACCGCAGAAACGUGGCCCCGGCCGCUGCCGGGGGGCGCCGCUGCUGCCCGCGUCGGCCCCGGUGCUCCUGCAGCAUUUCCCGCUUUUCCGGAGGAGCGAUGCGAAUUGUUCCGGGGAGGACGCCGCGCCUCUGGAAGAGCGGGCCAUCCCGUUUAAGGAGAGAUACGACGUGCUCUCCCGGGAGGCCUCACAGCAGCUGCUCUGGUGGCUGCGACCACGCCUCAUCCUGAGCGGCCACACGCACAGUGCGUGCGAGGUGCUCCACGGCGCCGGAGUCCCCGAGAUCAGCGUGCCGUCUUUCAGUUGGAGGAACAGAAACAACCCCAGCUUCAUCAUGGGCAGUAUGACGCCCACAGAGUACGCCCUCACCAAGUGCUACCUCCCCUACGAGAACACCGUUCUGGCCACAUACUGUGUAGCAGCUGGGCUCCUGGUGGUCCUCAUAUUAGUUCACUCUGGGCUUCUACCCUCACCUCUUAUUUUUGGCUGGAACCUGCUCAGAAAAUUUAAGACCACGUAAAGAGCAGGAGACUUUUGUAUUUCAUAAUAAAUAACAAAGCCCAAGAAACUGGACCUUGGGCAGGGCUCAUGUGAGAUGAGAUCAAAGGAGGCUGUCUUUACACACAUCACAGAAACUGUAAAUCACUGAUGCGAAUUCCUGCAGAAUAAAUAGUUGAUGGUACUGUUCUCAUGCUAUAAAAAUGGAACGUGUACUCUACAACAAGUCUCUUUUCUCAUUUUAUCAAAUAUAUGUAUAAUCAAAGAUCGUGUCUGUACAAUAUGUAAAAGCUAUUAAAGUCAUCACUUGCAUGCACUAGACUGUCCUACAUCCCCCAAGGUAGAGCCAGCGGCCCGGGAACACACUCGGGAUUGUGUUUGCACAAACACUGGGUUUGCUUCUGUCCCCCUACAAAGUGGUCCUCAAACUCUUAUAUGUUAUAAAGCUGUACACUUAAAAUAAUAAAAGUACAGAUGCCACAAGCAGGAAUAUAUUGUUUUUGCAGACUUUUGUACUUCUGUGCUAAUAAUGGAAUCAGAUUUUUUGAGAAGUGUAAUUUUCUCUCCAGCAGACCAGGCUGUUAAAUGUGAAUGUAAUGCCCGUCCACGAUCCAAAGAAACUUGAAAAAAGGACUGGGAAGUGGCUUUUGGUAUUUAAAAAUAAAUAUGUUUUGAUAAUUUUAAGCCAGAUAAAAUGUGUUCUUUCUGUGUGUCUUCUAUGAGCCUGGCUCUGUCUCUGAAUAGGAAGUUUAGUUGCAAGGGAACUGCUGAGUGAUAAUGUAUGUAACAGCAU